CAUUGGUUGGAAUUUACCCGGCUGCUAGACCUUGUCCCUCGCCAUACUCAUAGCUCGCAUGGCCGCGAUUUGCCUUCUAGAUAUGAGGAUGCGACCACUCCGCGGCAUCCUUGGUACUUUUGUCUUUGUGACCCUCCCAUCAGCACUACCCCAUGGUGUUUUCACUACCUAUCCUACUUUGUCUUCUGUUUCACUGGAGGGGCCCUAGACCGUGCUGGAAAGCCAUUCUUCACGGAGACAGUCAGCACUGCUGUUUUGUGCUAGUGCCAAGUGUGUCCAUAGAUGGAAAAAUACGAAAAUUGCUAUAUCAUUUCCACCAUAGCUUAUGCUCCGAUAUCCCAACGCGACCCUUUGCAGCCUCGCAGCCAUACAUGACCAACCAGCGGGCCGACACGCCAUCAUUGCGUGAACUCAAUCAAGACUUAGGUGGCAACUCCGACCAUCAGAAAUUCUUGCUUGCUGAAAUCGAGCUCCAGAUGUCUGUAGAAUCUGGGCGAAUGUACGAGACCACUGCAUGUUGGGACAUUGGAAGGGAGGUUUGCUUCACCAUGACGAAAGCGACCGAAGACUGCUUGCUCAGUGGCACCGUGUAGUUUGUAGUUCGUAGUUUGUACCACCGAAGGGAUGCACGCCAGUGGAAUAAUCUGGAAACGAGCGGGGAAUGCGUGGCAUGACAGCUUCUCCCCAGCGAUGACCAGGAGUGG